GGGGCCGGCUGAGGCGCUGAGGGGAGUGCCGGGAAGGGCGGUGGCUGCUCGACUGGGGCUUCGCGCCCGCGGCUGCGUGACAGCUACCGGCCUGCAGCUGGAAGGCGGCUCUGGGAGUUACAACCGCUCGGCAAAGCUGGAAGGAGCGGUGGUUUGAAAACAUUGGUCGGCCGGAGAGCUCUCAGAGCGGCGCCGGGCUGUUGACAUCGCAGCUGCCAGCGGUGCCGUAGCGAGGCGCUCCGCCGCACUUCUGCGCGCAGAGAGCCGCGAAGCCGGGCUCAGCUUCCAGCCGGGCAGCCUGCCAGCCAGUCAGCACCAAGAUGGCUGUUCUCUCCAAAGAAUAUGGCUACGUAAUCCUGACAGGGGCUGCCAGCUUCGUCUUAGUGACGCAUCUUGCUGUGAACGUGGGAAAGGCACGCAAGAAGUACAAUGUGGAGUAUCCAACCAUGUACAGCACAGAUCCUGAGAAUGGGAAAAUAUUCAACUGCAUCCAGCGUGCACACCAGAACACACUGGAAGUUUACCCUUCCUUCCUGUUCUUCUUAGCCACUGGUGGAAUCUACCACCCGCGGAUUUCCACAGGGCUCGGCAUUGCCUGGAUCCUUGGCAGACUCCUGUAUGCCCACGGAUACUACACAGGAGAGCCAAAAAAUCGAAGGAGAGGGGCCCUUGGUUCAGCUGCACUCAUUGGGCUGGUGGGCACAGGUGUGUAUUCAGCUUUCCAGCACCUUGGUUGGAUCUGCCCGGACUAACUGACCAUCAUCAUGGCUGCCUGGGAAACCAGAGGGAUUUCUUGCUGUAGAACAUUUCAUUGCCUGGUUUUUUUCCUCCUCAUUCAAUAAAAUGAAGUUGUCAGUUCUGCACUUUCA